AACUCCAUGUCUUGAAUCCACAAAUGAAUCGAUUCCGGUUCUUCGCAUUGGUGGAACAGCCGCAUCAAAUUCCAAGGACCAGCCAAAGAUCAACUAUAUAUCUGAGGAUUGGGGAUGGAGGAUGUUUGUGAAGGGAACGCCACCGAUACAGCUCUGUUUUUCUUCCCAUAAUAGCCGCAACGGGGGCGUUUCAUGAACCCCAUCUUACCCUUCCGGCACUCAGAACAAUUACCUAGGGCGGACUCAAAUCUCUUCCCUAUAUAUCCCCACGCACGCCACCAACUUCCGGAACCACCCAUCCCAUCCCAUCCCAUCCUUUCCGCCUCCGUGAGAAUGGCGGCCGGGGAAGUGGAAAUCGCGCCCUUCUCUCUCUCGCACGCGCACGCUGGCACGCACCGUGGGACGGGGUUCGGUGCCCGUCUGAUGCGGGAGUUCCUCAGGGAGGCCGGUGGAUGCGCCGUCAUCGACGGCGGGCUGGCCACGGAGCUCGAAGCACAUGGAGCCGACCUAAAGGACCCCCUGUGGAGCGCCAAGUACCUCUUCACCUCCCCCGACCUCAUCAAGAAGGUCCAUUUAGACUAUCUUGAAGCUGGUGCAAACAUCUUGAUCACCGCAUCCUAUCAGGCUACCAUACAAGGUUUCGAGUCUAGAGGCUUCUCUACGGAGGAAAGUGAGGCCUUGUUGCGGAGAAGCGUCGAGCUUGCAUGCGAAGCACGAGAGAUAUUUCAGGGGCGACGCCUUAGAGGCUCCGAUAGAUGCAGCAAGGCCGGCAUCAGUUCUAAGCAACAUCCUGUUCUGAUUGCAGCAUCGAUAGGAAGCUAUGGAGCAUAUUUGGCAGAUGGCUCCGAGUAUAGUGGUAAUUAUGGCCUAGAAGUGACUCUGGAGACGCUCAAAGAUUUCCACAGGAGAAGACUUCAGGUUCUCUCUGAAGCUGGAGCAGAUAUAAUUGCUUUUGAGACAAUUCCAUGUAAAAUUGAAGCACAGGCUUAUAUUGAGCUACUUCAAGAGUGUAAUAUAAAAAUUCCAGUCUGGUUUUCUUUCACCUCAAAUGAUGGGAUCAACAUUGUCAGUGGAGACUCUUUGAUGGAUUGUGCUACGAUAGCUGAUUCGUGUGACAAUGUUGUUGCAAUUGGAUUCAACUGUACUUCUCCCAGAUAUAUUCACAGUUUAAUUCUAUCUAUCAGGAAGUUGACAGAAAAGCUAAUCGUGAUCUAUCCAAACAGUGGUGAAAGCUAUGAUCCUGACAAAAAGGAGUGGGUGGCAUCCAAUGGUGUUUCUGGUGAAGAUUUUGUUUCGUAUGUUAGCAAGUGGCAUGAGGCUGGAGCUUCUCUUAUAGGAGGUUGCUGUAGAACAACCCCAGACACCAUUAGGGCAAUCGCCAAAGCUCUGCGCAAGGACUUUUAUCCUUCAAAACCAGAUGAAGAGCUGCAUAAUGACAUUGAAAGAAAUAUACUCAAAGACAGCUUCUUGAUCGACUCUGCAUAAAGUCAUCACUCGGAAAGAAUGAUACAUAUGAGUAGAUUGGCAGCAAAAUAUGGAUUCUGUAGUGGACUUAAAACAUAUUGAUCUUGAUGUCAAAUAGAUGCCAUUUCUGUGUUCCUUGGAGUGCCCAAGUGGCAAAUUUAAUCUUGGCUUAGGAAAGAUGAUCUUGAUGCAACGAGAAAUGGCUUCUUAAUUUGUAGCAUGCAAAGAUGGUCUUCUCAAGGAGACAUGGAUGACAACAUGUUGAAUUUAUGUAUACCAAUAUGUUGUGAUGAUACAUCUAUUGCUAAUUGAUUAUAAUAAUCUUGACACUAAACUCUUUGAUCCAUCA